CCCUGGAUCAGCUGCUGACAGAGCUGGAUGACUUCCUCAAGAUUCUGGACCAGGAGAGCCUGAGUAGUACAGCGGUAGUGAAGAAGAGUGGCCUGGCAGAGCUCCUCCGGCUCUACACCAAGAGCAGCAGUUCUGAUGAGGAGUACAUUUACAUGAACAAAGUCACAGUCAACAAGCAACAGAAUGCCGAGUCUCAGGACAGAGUACCCGAGAAGCAGGGUCCACUGACCAAUGGGGAGCCUGGUCAGCACUCCUCGGCCCCUCAGAAGAGCCUUCCAGACCUUCCGCCGCCCAAGAUGAUUCCAGAACGGAAACAGUUCAGUGUCUCAAGGAUUGAGUCUUCGGAGGGUUACUAUGAAGAAGCCGAGCCAUAUGAUACGUCUGUCAAUGGUCACUCUGGCGGAUCGCUCCCUGCUGGUGUCCCUAGAUGGGUGCAGGUGCCUGAAGGAGUCAUUUAUGCCACCAUCACCUUGGAGGACGGAGAGGCUGUGAGCAGCUCCUAUGAGUCCUACGAUGAAGAGGAGAGCAGUAAGGGCAAGUCCGCCCCAUACCAGUGGCCUUCCCCAGAGGCCAGCAUCGAGCUGAUGCGUGACGCACGCAUCUGUGCCUUCCUGUGGCGCAAGAAGUGGCUGGGCCAGUGGGCCAAGCAGCUCUGUGUGAUCAGGGACACCAGGCUCCUGUGCUACAAAUCCUCCAAGGACCACAGCCCUCAGCUGGAUGUGAACUUGCUGGGCAGCAGCGUUGUCCACAAGGAGAAGCAAGUGCGAAAGCAGGAGCACAAGCUGAAGAUCGUGCCCAUGAACGCGGAUGUGAUCGUGCUGGGCCUGCAGAGCAGGGACCAAGCCGAGCAGUGGCUCCGGGUCAUCCAGGAGGUGAGCAGUCUGCCUUCCGAAGGAACAUCCGAGGGAAACCAGUAUACCCCAGAAGCCCAGCGCCCAAACUGUCAGAAACCAGAUAUAGCCGAGAAGUACCUAUCCGCCUCGGAGUAUGGGGGCUCUGUGGAUGGCCACGCUGAGGUCUCGGAGACCAAAGACGUCAAGAAAAAGUGUUCUGCCGGCCUCAAGCUGAGCAACCUGAUGAACCUGGGCAGGAAGAAAUCCACCUCACUGGAGCCCCCGGAAAGGCCCCUGGAGACCUCCAGUUACCUGAACGUGCUGGUGAACAGCCAGUGGAAGUCACGCUGGUGCUCUGUCAGGGACAGUCACCUGCAUUUCUACCAGGACCGGAACCGGAGCAAGGUGGCCCAGCAGCCCCUCAGCCUGGUGGGCUGUGAAGUGGUCCCAGACCCAAGCCCCGACCACCUCUACUCCUUCCGCAUCCUCCACAACGGGGAGGAGCUGGCCAAGCUCGAGGCCAAGUCCUCGGAAGAGAUGGGCCACUGGCUAGGCCUCCUGCUGUCUGAGUCGGGCUCCAAGACAGACCCAGAAGAGUUCACCUAUGACUACGUAGAUGCCGAGCGGGUUUCCUGUAUUGUUAAUGCAGCCAAAAACUCCUUCUUACUCAUGCAGAGAAAGUUCUCGGAGCCCAACACUUACAUCGAUGGCCUGCCCAGCCAGGCCCACCAGGAGGAGCUCUACGACGACGUGGAGAUGUCAGAGCUGCCACCAGCGGUGGAACCUGCCGAGGAAGCCACCCUCUCUGUGGAUGUCCUCAGUGAGAACGAGCCUGACAGACUGUACCUGGACCUCACACCACUCAAGCCCUCCCUGCACAGCUCCAGCAGCCUGCAGGCCCGGGCCGCCUCCCCUGUGUCACCACAGCUGGAUGACAUGGCCAGCGUCCUCCCUGCAGACGCUGGCCCAGCCCCGGAGGAGUUCUGCAUAAUGACUGCAGAAAGCCAAGAGCAGAGGCAGCUGGCAAGCCAGGAGCCGGAGGAGCCUACCCUGAGGGUCGCGACUGUCAAGCUGCAGGCCGAGCAGCAGAGAAUCUCCUUCCCUCCAAACUGCCCUGACAUCCUGGCUGCUGCCCCAGCUAGCACCAGCCCACCUGUGAAGGACAGGCUGCGGGUGACCAGUGCAGAGAUCAAACUUGGCAAGAAUCGGACAGAGGCCGAGGUGAAGCGGUACACAGAGGAGAAGGAAAGACUCGAGAAGAUGAAGGAAGAGAUCCGAGGCCACCUGGCUCAGCUCCGGAAAGAGAAGCGAGAGCUGAAAGAGACCCUGUUAAAAUGCACAGACAAGGGCAUCUUGGCCAUCCUGGAACAGAAGCUGAAGGAAAUUGACGAGGAGUGCCGGAUCAAGGAGAGCAGGCGUGUGGAUCUUGAGCUCAACAUCAUGGAGGUGAAGGACAACCUGAAGAAGGCUGAAGCUGGACCCGUGACACUGGGCACCACAGUGGACACUACACACCUGGACAAUAUGAGCCCCCGCCCUAAAGCCGCCGCCCCCACCCAAGACUGCACCCCAGUUAACUCUGCCACCGCGCUCAAGAAUAGGCCUCUUUCAGUCAUGGUCACAGGCAAAGGCACUGUCCUCCAGAAAGCCAAGGAAUGGGAGAAGAAAGGAGCAAGUUAGGAAACAAGUGUCAUCUAAAGACUGUCAGUGUGGACCUUGGUGACAAUCCUGCUUCAGUAAAGUCUUCUUUAAAACAGCACCUCUGAGAAAGGGUGAGUCUGUUUAGAAGGAAAAAGAAAGGACUGGGGUAUUCUGAAUGGAGAGAUUUGGCCACGAAGAGCCUGUGUUUCUUUUCCAAGCCAGAGGGAACACCAACCACCACAAAAAAUGGCUUCUCUGGAGCCCUAAGUCUACUGGACAUUGUAUUUAGGGAUGUUCUGUUUCUUUUUUGAAGUUUUCAUCAAUUGCUUCAUCAAAAAAAUUUGGGGGGGAGGUACUGGGGA